AGAGAGAGAGAGAGAGAGAGAGAGAGCAGCACUCGUGGGGUUAAAACCCCAAGAACAAGUUAGAAGUAGCAGGAAGCUGCAAGAGGAACUGAGGAAGGAAGCAAGAAAGCAAACCAAACCAAACCAAACCAAGAAGCAAAUCUCAGUUGCAACUCUUGAGCUCAGAAGAAGUUGCAACAGAAGAAGGAGGGAGAAGGGAAGCAUCUCAGCUAGCUAGGCAGGAAGCAUGCUCCUAGCCUCCCUCUCCGGCUGCGGCGGCGGCGGCGGCGGUCGGAUCUGCCGGAGAGCGGCGGCCGGGGAGCCCAGAGCUGAGAGCUAACCGUGCAGACCUCGCGGCCGCGAGAUCUGACCACGCGACUCCUCGGAUCAAGCGGUGUCGCCUCCCGCAGCAGCAUUUCCCCCCCCCCCCCCCCCCCCGAAGAUCACAGCCUUUUUUUCCACUGGUUCUUGCUGGUCUUGGAAGUGGGGAAAAAAAAUUCUCAUCACCUCGUCGAUGGAGAAGCUUACGACGCUUGCUCGGUAGAUUUGAUUUUUCUUUUUCUUCUUCUUCCGGGGGAAGCGUAAUUGCGAAACAGCGAAAGAAGAAGUGUUGGUGAGUUGGCGAAACUGAGAAAGCGAUGGUUUUUGGGAAGGCGCUGUGAUUUGGCCUAAAAAGGAGGAAUCUUUCCUUCGUUCUCUCCUUCCUUCCCCAGCUUCGUGCACGCUCUUAUAUUGCAUUUCAGAUCGGUCUUGUGAUUGGUCUUUUGGAGAGAGAGAGAGAGAGAGAAGAAAAAUGAGGCUUUCGUCGUCGUCCGGCAGCGUCCUCCCGGCUCAGGCGGCGUCGCCGGAAGCUGUAGAAGAACAAAAAUGCCUGAAUUCGGAGCUCUGGCAUGCGUGUGCCGGUCCCCUUGUUUCGUUGCCUGCAGUGGGUAGCCGAGUGGUUUAUUUCCCACAGGGUCACAGCGAACAGGUAGCUGCAUCAACAAAUAAAGAAAUGGAGUCUCAGAUCCCCAAUUAUCCUAACUUGCCUCCACAACUUAUUUGCCAACUUCACAAUGUGACGAUGCAUGCAGAUGCAGAAACAGAUGAGGUUUACGCUCAGAUGACGCUACAACCACUUAGCCCGCAAGAGCUCAAGGACCCAUAUCUACCAGCUGAAUUAGGUUCUGCCAACAAACAGCCAACGAAUUAUUUUUGCAAAACAUUAACGGCAAGUGACACAAGUACGCAUGGCGGAUUCUCUGUUCCCCGUCGAGCAGCUGAGAAAGUGUUCCCUCCGCUGGAUUUUACUCAGCAGCCUCCAGCACAGGAGUUAAUUGCAAAAGAUCUUCAUGGCAAUGAGUGGAAGUUUCGUCAUAUCUUUCGUGGUCAGCCAAAGCGACACCUUCUAACUACAGGCUGGAGCGUCUUUGUAAGUGCAAAGAGACUUGUCGCCGGGGAUUCUGUCCUAUUUAUCUGGAAUGACAACAACCAGCUUCUUCUGGGAAUUCGUCGAGCUAACCGCCCACAAACUGUUAUGCCAUCUUCAGUCCUAUCUAGUGAUAGCAUGCAUAUUGGUCUUCUUGCUGCGGCUGCUCAUGCUGCUUCAACAAAUAGCCGGUUUACAAUUUUUUAUAACCCAAGAGCAAGCCCUUCAGAGUUUGUUAUCCCACUUUCUAAAUAUGUUAAGGCUGUAUAUCAUACCCGUAUAUCUGUGGGCAUGCGUUUCAGGAUGCUUUUUGAGACAGAAGAGUCAAGUGUACGGAGAUACAUGGGCACGAUAACAGGAAUUAGUGAUCUUGAUGCUGCUCGUUGGCCAAACUCACAUUGGCGUUCUGUAAAGGUUGGCUGGGAUGAAUCAACUGCCGGAGAGAGGCAGCCAAGGGUGUCGCUUUGGGAGAUUGAGCCCUUGACAACUUUCCCAAUGUACCCAUCUCCUUUUCCACUCAGACUGAAGCGUCCAUGGCCAACAGGCUUGCCUUCAUUACAUGGUGGUAAGGAUGACGACUUGACUUCUUCUCUCAUGUGGCUCCGAGACAGCGCAAAUCCUGGUUUCCAAUCAUUGAAUUUCGGGGGUCUCGGUAUGAAUCCUUGGAUGCAGCCAAGGUUUGAUGCUUCCUUACUUGGUCUGCAACCUGACAUGUAUCAAACGAUAGCUGCGACUGCUUUCCAGGACCCAACAAAGCAGGUCUCUCCCACGAUAUUGCAGUUCCAGCAGCCGCAGAACAUAGGUGGCAGAGCUAAUACACUUCUGCCAAGUCAGAUUUUGCAGCAAGUGCAGCCUCAGUUUCAGCAGCAGCAAUACCUCCAAAACAUCAACGAGACCACAAUCCAAGGGCAUGCUCAGUCUGAGUUCCUUCAGCAGCAGCUCCAACGCUGCCAGUCGUUUACUGAGCAGAAGCCACAGCUGCAAACCCAGCAACAACAGCAAGAAUCACAGCAACAACAGCAGCAGCAAUCGCAGUGUAUGCAAGUCCCACAACAUCAGCAAAUGCAACAGCAGAAGAACAUGACCAACUAUCAGUCUGUACCUAAUGCAUUGUCACCGUUUUCUCAACUCUCCUCUCCUUCUCAGUCUUCACCUAUGACACUGCAAACAGUAUUACCAUUCUCCCAGCCACAGAGCUAUCCAGACACGAGUAUGAGCUCAUUGUCACCAUCCAACACAUCCACCAUGCAUAAUGCAUUGAGGCCAUUUUCAUCGGAAGCACCUUCGCACCUAAGCAUGCCAAGACCGACUGCAGUACCUGUCCCUGACCCAUGGUCAUCGAAGCGAGUUGCAGUGGAGUCUUUGCUUCCCUCUCGUCCUCAGGUUACAUCGCAGAUGGAGCAGUUGGACUCAACAGCACCUAGUAUACCACAAAGCUCUGCGUUGGCGCCGCUUCCUGGAAGAGGAUGCUUGGUGGAUCAAGAUGGGAACUCUGAUCCUCAAAACCAUCUGUUAUUUGGCGUUAACAUAGAUUCACAGUCACUUCUAAUGCAAGGUGGCAUCCCAAGCCUCCAGGGUGAGAAUGAUUCGACGGCAAUUCCUUAUUCCACCUCCAAUUUCCUGAGCCCGUCGCAGAAUGAUUUCCCCUUGGAUCAAACACUAAGUAGUGCAGACUGCUUAGAUGAAUCAGGAUAUGUGCCGUGUUCACAGAAUUCUGAUCAAGUGAUUAAUCGACCACCUGCGACCUUUGUGAAGGUUUACAAAUCGGGAACCUAUGGAAGGUCACUUGAUAUCACUAGAUUUAGUAGCUAUCAUGAACUUCGUAGAGAACUAGGGCGCCUAUUUGGCCUUGAGGGCCAGUUGGAAAACCCUUUGAGAUCAGGCUGGCAGCUUGUAUUCGUCGACCGAGAGGAUGAUGUCCUCCUCGUUGGCGACGACCCUUGGCAGGAAUUCGUGAAUAGCGUCUCCUGCAUAAAGAUACUUUCACCACAGGAGGUGCAGCAGAUGGGCAAGCCCUUUGAGCUUUUGAGCUCGGCUCCCGGAAAGAGGCUAGGUAGCAGCUGUGAUGACUAUGUGAGCAGGCAGGAAUCAAGAAGCCUGAGCACAGGAAUUGCAUCUGUCGGCUCAGUUGAAUUCUGAAGCAAGGGCGCUAACGAGCCCUUCAAUCAAAUCUAGCCUGUUACCUAUGUUUCUGCAGUUUUUCUUCCCCUAGUUUUGAGACCUGGAACUGAAAGAACAUAGAUCCAUGCUUAGCUAAGUUAUGUACCAUCUAAUAAUUAUGCUAUAUGAUAUCAAAUUCCAAGUAGAAACUAUCAACUUUUGGUAUAUAUAUAUAUACCAAAACUUUGUUCCAUGAAACACUAAUCCUGUGAAUGUAGGCCAUCUAAAUUAUCAGGCUCACCGCGAAGUUUAGCA